UCGCACGUCCGGUGCCGCCCGAGCACGCGCGGACACCAUGAGUCAGGGAUGGGCUCAGCAGCCGCAGCAGGGCUACGGCGGGCCAGCCGGCGAGUACUACAGCCCGAACCCGACGCCCAUGCCCGCGUAUAAUCCCGCGGCCGGUCCCGGGCAGGACGUGCACUACCGCGGCGGCGGGGCGGGCGCCAACGCGGGUCCGAUGGGCGGGCCGGGCGGCGGGAUGGACGGCUUCGGCAUCCCGGGUGGCAUCCCGAUCUCGCCAAAGUCCCUCGCGCGGGUGGGUUUCGGCGCGUACGGGGACAAGGUCCUCGGCGCCGGCCAGGCGUACUACGCCAAGUACUUCGGCGGCGGCGCGGCGAGGUACUACUUCGACGUCACCGAGGCGUACGUGUGGAACAAGCUCAAGCUGGUGGCGUGCCCGUUUCUUCACAAGGGAUCGUGGGCGAGGAUCCCCGAGCAGGUGGCCGGCGGCUUGACGUUCAAGCCCCCGAGGAACGACAUCAACGCCCCGGACCUGUACAUACCCCUGAUGGGCUUCUGGUCGUACGUCCUCGCGGCGUCGACGCUGCAGGUGCGGCGCGGGGAGUUCACGCCCGAGGGUGUCGCCGUUCACGCGAGCUGGGGCGCCGCCCUCUGGGCGGCUGAGGCGGUGUUCGUGUGGGCGGCGCUGAGGAGCCUGUCGUCGUCGCACAACCACAUCAGCGCGCCGAUGAUGGACCUCGCGGCGUACACCGGGUACGCGUUCGUCCUCGUCGCCGCGGCGCUGGCGACGAAGAUCCUCAACCUCCCGGGCUGGACGCACCUCCUCUCUGGCGGAUGGGGCGCUCUCGCGUCCGCGGUGUUCAUGGUGAAGACGACCAAGCGGAUCAUCUUCAGCGAGGCGAGGUCGCACGGGUUCGACGGAAACAGGCACAACUACGUGCUGCUGAUGCUGGCGGGGCUGCAGUUCCCGCUGCACUUCUGGCUGGGCAGCGUAUAGGUGAGACCCUCGAGACUGCUCGCGGUUUUUAUCUCGCGGUUUUUUUUUCGUCUCGGUUUUUGGUCCUCUCGGUUGCGCCCGCGGGGGGUUAAGAAGCACGGGCGCUGAGAGCUCACCGGCGCCUGCGGCGAUACUGCCCCCCGAAAUCAGACAGGAUUAUGUUUCUUGAGCGAUGGCAAAACGACGGCCACUCGCUUGUAAAAGGCGGUCCGACAUUUCACCCGACGUUUUCACUCGCCUCGCGCUCGACGGCUGACGAGAUCCAACCGCAUUCGCAGGCGCGCGAUCCAGACGACGCAUCGUGAGUUAGCAUUGGUGGUCGAAUCACGAGUCAAAACGC